AUGGAUAUCCAGAAAUUGCGCUUGAGAUUGUUAAACCAGUACAUACCGGAAUUGCCACGGCCAGAUGAUCAAGUCAACAGUACUUAUUUCAUCGUCAAGGGCCUCAGGGAUUACCUUAAGUUGAGAGCAAGACCUGAUCGAGAUUUGAGUCAUCUAACUGAAGUCCUUUUAUGGAAGCUAAUGUUAUCAAAAAAUCUAAUUUACAUUGCUACAGUGCAAGGUGUUGAGCAGAUGCAACUGCUAGACCUCUUGGCUCACUGUACAUUCCUGGCCGUGAAUGCUGAAUGCCUGAGGAAGUUAUAUUGGUCUGUUUAUUUUGAAAAAGAGGUGGUCAAUGACAUCCAAUCUGAAAUUUCUCAACUGCAACAGAAGAUCAAGCUUGUUGAUCCCCAAUUUCGUGUGACUUCAGUGCGUGUCUUGAAAGCUUCAAAGAAACUGUCAAGGUCACCACUCACUUUUACUCCUGAGAAGAACAAGUAUUUAGUGGAGGAAUUUGUUGAUUCUCUCCUAUGCGGUCUUAGGCAGCUACCAGAAUGCUGUUCCACUUUUACAGUACCUGUGCAGGACCAAAUGCUGAAACUCCAUGAGGGAGUAAAAUUCAUCAGUUUCCUUCUCUGUGUGCAGCAGGAGAAGUUCUAUGCACUACCUGAAGAAAUGAAGCAUCGUAUUGGAGUUAUGAUCAUUGAUGCAGGAAUUGUGAUUUGCUCCCUUUCUGUGAAUGAAAUGAAAGAUAGCUUGGCCAAGGAAACAGAACUUGCACUUGUACAUUUAUUGAAAGAGCUCCAAUUUGUCAUGGAAGAAGUUGCACAAGUUUAUCCGCUAAAAUCAUCACAACUUAGUUUCCCUAGGACUAAUGAGCUGGGCUCUAUUGAUUUUCUUCUAGAAAAUCUCAAGGAACUAGCAAUAUCAAAGGCUGGUUCAGGUGCUUUCCCAAUGGAUCAAAUCCAGACAGUCCAAGAAGAGCUUUUAUUCUUAAGAUCUUUCCUAGAGAAUAUUGUGGAGAAGCGCAACCAGAAUGAAAGGCUCCAAGCUUUCUGGAGUCGUGCUAUGGAGGUUGCGUACAAGGCUGAGGUAAUAAUCGACUCUACACUGGCUGGUGACAAGCUUGAAACUUGUUUGGAUGUCAUUGCUGGAGAUAUCAAUUUUGUGAAGACUGAGCUGGCAGAAGAGAUCUAUGAUGGUCAGACUCACAGUGUUACUAACCCUUUCGUUCCUAUGCCAUCACAAGUUUCUGCCCCAGUAUUCUAUGAACAUCCGGUGGGUCUCGAGGAUGAGCUGGAAACUAUUAUUGAUAGACUUGUGAGAGGAACAAUGCAGUUGGAUAUUGUUCCCGUGGUCGGUAUGCCUGGGUUAGGUAAGACAACGUUAGCCAAUUCAGUUUACUGUCAUCGAUCAGUUGAUUCCCACUUUCAUAUUCGUGCUUGGUGUUGUGUCUCCCGAGUAUAUAGCAAGAAAAGUUUGUUACUUCAGAUUUUGCGUAACCCUGUUUUUGAGAUUUUUGACCAGAGCCUUGAGAUAAAUGAAGAUGAUUUGGCUGAAAAUCUUUACAAGCUUUUGAAGGGAAAUAGGUAUCUUAUAAUUUUGGAUGAUGUUUGGGACAUUAAGGCAUGGAAGUUGUUGGAGAGAUCACUACCAGAUGAUUCCAAUGGAAGCAGGAUUCUCCUCACCAGUAGAUCUCAUGAUUUGCUUUUGGAUUUUACUCUAUUUGGCAAGCCUCACCACAGAGCCACCUACAUACAUACGCUUUGCCAAAUCAUUCAGGAUAAACCGUGCGUUUUCUCCGCAGCUGCAGGCACAGAGAUUAGAUGAUGCUUAUUUUCCAUAUACCAUCAGUGCUUGUCCGAGAAAAGAAGUUCAAAACAUAGCGGGCCUCCAUGAUGAAGUAUACACUGUCACUAGGUCUGGUGCACCAUGCAAUAUGAAUAACUGUGCAAAUCUCUACUAAUAUAU